CGCGCCCACCCCCGGCUGUGGUGGGGGAGAUUUGUGCGGCUGCUCCUUGUCCUCCUCCAGCCACUCUCCCCGCCCCCUUUUCCCGCCUGCUGAGAUCAGUGCCGAGCUCAGCCCAACGGUAGCUCAGACCCUCCUUCCAGCAGGGCCGGACCAGCUGGCGGAUGCCCACAGUGCUGCACGCCGAGCAAGCCGCAGCCGAGGGAGAGAAGGUGCCGCUGCUACGGAGGAGAUCCGAGGAUGGGCAAACCGGAGAUUGCAAUGACUCCCCUACAGCAGUGGGGUGAAGAGGUGGAAGAUGGCGCCAUCUACAGUGUCAUCCUUCAUCGAGUGAAGGCAGAGCCCAUUGCCAACAGAUCCUGUCACCUGGAUGAUCCCAGCACACCAGAGUGUCCCUUUGUGCAGUACCGCACGUGCAAGAGGCGUAUGCUGCGGGCGGCUACCCUUCCCCGGCUGGUGAAGUGGCUGGUGUCUGCCAGCAUGGAGGGUGACCCUGACUAUGUGCCCAGCUUCCUGGCCACUUACCGGGCCUUUGCCACCCCUGUACAGAUGCUGGAGCUGCUGCUGCCCCUGGGACCAGACAAGGCAGUGCUGCAUCUGUUGGAGUUCUGGCUGCAGCAUCGCCCUGGGGAUUUCUGGGAGCCUCCCGAGCACCCCAGUCUGCAGAGAACCCUGAACUUCCUGCAUCAGUAUGCUCCCAAGUCCCCAGCGUGUUCUCUGGCAGAGGGACUGAAGCAAGCCCACAAAGAGGAGGAGGACCACAGAAGGGGAGAUGCAGCCGAGGCAGAGGGAGGAGAGUCCCCAGGGAUGGGGCUGCCACAGGUGGUCAGAGAGGCAACUGGAACAGGUGAAUAUGAGGAGACACCAGCCCUGCUAUCCUUCCCUGUGGACGAAGUGGCUGAGCAGCUGACCCUGAUGGAUGCAGGCCUCUUUAGAGCGGUGGAGCCCUUCCACUGCCUGGGCUGCGUGUGGUCCCAACGAGACAAGAAGGAGAAUCAAUACAUGGCUCCCAGUGUCCGUGCCACUGUGGUCCAGUUCAAUGCAGUCACUAGUUGUGUCACUGCAUCAGUGCUUGGAGACCUGACCUUGAGUAUCCCCCAGCGUGCACACCUGCUCGAGAAAUGGAUCCACAUUGCCCAGCGAUGUCGGGCCCUACGGAAUUUCUCCUCACUGCAUGCCAUUCUCUCUGCUCUGCAGUCCAACUCCAUCUACCGACUUAAGCGUACUUGGACUGCUGUCAACAGGGACACCAGGAGCUCCUUCCAAAAGCUCUUGCAGAUCUUCUCCGAAGACAACAACUACUUGAACUGCCGAGAAAUCUUGCUGCAGGAAGGAGGGAUUCAAGGCUCUAGCGAUGGAUGCAGCAACCCUCAACCCCCAGCCAGGGCAUCUCUGAAGAUGAAACCUCAGACCAGGCUAGUGGUUCCCACCAUCCCAUAUCUUGGUACCUUUUUAACUGACCUGAUCAUGCUGGAUACAGCACUACCAGAUUUUGUGGAGAGCAACCUCAUAAACUUUGAGAAGAGACGCAAGGAAGCAGUGAUCCUCUCCUGGAUCUGCCAGCUGCAGGAAUCAUGUCAAGGGUACAACCUUUGCCCAAGCGCCUCUUUCCGCUUUGCCUUCUACCGGCAUCAACAGCUUUCUGAGGAGCAGAGCUACCGGAUUUCCCGUAUGAUUGAGCCACCAGCUGACUCCUGUCCCAACUCACCAAAGCUACAUCGCAGCCUGACCAAGCGCUUCAGUUCACUUCUCCUGGGCUCAGAAGCCUCUGCCACUCAUCCAGGCCUUGACAAGUCUGGGAUCUCACCACUGGGCUCCUGCAGCAGCCUUAACUCUGAAGAUGGAUCCAGCACCCCUUGUUCCCCAACUCGGGGACUCCCCACUAUCAAGAAUCUGCCUGUAUCUCAGCAAAGAACCUGCCCUGCACUCGAGCUGCCCCUGCCAUUUCCCAUCUCUAAACAGAAGGGGACAGAAUCGCGCAUCAUCCGUGUCAGCAUGGACAACGUGUAUGGCAAUGGCAACCUUUAUCGUAGCAUUGUGAUCACCAGCCAGGAUAAGACCACAGCUGUAGUGCAGCGUGCCUUGCAGAAGCACAACUUGGAAGGGGACUCACCACACAACUAUCGGCUCCUACAGCUUUUGAGAGAUGGCCAAGAGCUGCUGAUCCCUGACAGUGCCAAUGCCUUCUACGCCAUGAACUCUGCUGGCCCUUAUGACUUCCUCGUCUGCCACAAAGAAGGAGCCCCCCACUCCUCAUGCAUUUGGACCACACUUCCUGACGGGAAAGCCACACCACACAGCACCCUCACACACAAGGAGCGUGGCACCAGAGUUCUUGCUGCCCCUCCAUCUUCUUAUAGUGCCCCACAUUGCCCACAGUCCCCCGCUGUGUCACCACAGCGCCAGCUGGCUUCAUAUUUCCUGACGCCCUCAUUUCCAGCUCCUCCUUCCAGGCCCCUGGGAACUCAGCCAAGUGACCCUCCAAAUUCUUCUCCCUCCCAGCCUCUUUCUUAUCAUCCCCUACCUCUGGAGCCGUUCAGUCCAGCUGCACCUCACCUUGUCCCACCCUCUUCCUCACAGAGACCAACGACUCCUGCUUUUGUACCCCAGUCACCCCCUUGCUUUUCCCAAGGGGCAUCACUUUGGCCAAGAUCCCCCAGUCCUUGUGUCAUCCCCCGUCUUUCAGCUCCUCAAGCUCUAGAAGCCACGAGAGGCCCCAAGGCCUUGUUCCACAGCAACACAGAACUGGGUCCUCAGGGCCAGUGCUAAUAUCUCUGAUUACAGACCCCGUCUGUGAGGCCACAUACACGCACGGGCAGGAGAACUGAGUGCGCCGUGAGGCAGUGAUAACAUUUAUGAAUUGGCUAGUGGUGAGAUUCCAUGUCUCUGUUCCACCCAAACGUCUCUCAGUAAUCCUAGAAAUAUAGAUCCAAAAGAGGGAUGGGCUUAAGGCUUAUCUAGUCCAAAAUGCAGCCUGUGCAGCCAAGACAUACAGUGGAUUUCAAGCAGAGAUCAGAGAAGUCAUGCAGUGCCAGUGUUUGAAUGUUUCACAUGAGUGAGACAAGCCAUAUUCUAUAGGGAAAUGCAACACUCUCCAGAACUCAAUAAUGUGGUCCAAGGCAGAGGUGGGUGGUGGGCUUCUACCUGAGCCUACCAGGGAAAAGGAAGCGCCCAGUCCUCUAAUAGCUGGUUUUGUGUAAGAAACGCUGUUCAAUAAAAGAAUUUGA